UCUCUCUCUCUGAAAACUGCAGAAGCCAUCAGAACUAGUUUAGAACGAAUUAAAAAAGAUGUUGUUAGGGAAGCGUCCCCGCCCUCCGAUGAGGAGGACAACAAGCAUGACUGGGAUCACCGUUGAUCUGAACAACGUGGAAGGCGAGGAACCGACGGAUGUGCAUGCAGCAGCAGCAGCAGCAGCAGCGAUGGUGGUGGGCCCACAACCAGGGCCUGCUGCUGCUGUUAAUAAUAAUAAUAAUAAUAUUGAGAGCAUGGACAUGAAGAAGAACAACUUUGGGUACCAUGAACAGCACCGUUUCCUGGCCAUGUUGUCUCCCAGAAACAACCACCGAACAAACUCCGCUGCUCAUGACGUCGUUGAGACCGCUCACUUUCUCCGCACGUGCGGCCUCUGCAAACGCCACUUGGCUUCAGGCCGUGACAUCUACAUGUAUAGGUAAUUAAUUAAUUUACCCCUUGUUGGAAUUAUCUAUGCUUUUAU